AGCGAUGCUGUUGUGAAACGAGUUGAGAGACGCCGCCUAUUGCAGUCUGUAUAAUCAAAGAAUAAAGAGUUUACAAUUUCGAAAAGGCCGAAGUUGAUGUAGGCUACAACAGAAAAUACUGAGCAGCAGAUUUAAAGGAUUAGGCUACACUUCAACAGGGGAGCAUUUGACCUAAGUCAACAAUCAUUCCAAUGGCCCGUGUAGCCACAGCCACUGUUUUAUUAUUGCCGUUCAUACUAACGUUUUUAUGUGUGGUGGCAGCAGAAGGCGGUGGGCUGAAGCUGAGAAGACAGAAGAGAGAAUGGAUCAUUCCUCCUCAGAGGCUGAAGGAGAAUGUAGAUUACACCAGCCAAGAGUACAUCGCAAAGAUUCGCUCUGAUGAGCAGUACACGUCAAAGGUGACUUACUCACUGACUGGGAUCGGUGCAGACCAAAACCCCAGGAGCCUAUUCACUGUCAACCCAAAUACAGGCCUGGUCAGAAUCAAUGGCAUUCUGGACAGAGAGAAGAUACCUUCCUACCACUUACUUGGAGUAGCGACAUACAACAAUGGAAGCAGAGCAGAGAAGGACAUUGACCUGUGUAUUUCCGUUGAGGACCAGAAUGACUGCCAACCAGUGUUCGUCUUUGGCCAAUCUGGAUCUGUUAAUGAGUCCAGUGCUGCAGAAACCGUUGUCAUGAAAGUUUUAGCCACAGAUGCAGAUGAAGUGAACACGCUACACUCUCAGAUUUACUAUAGCAUAGUGCAGAAGAGUUCUUCAGAUAGCAUGUUCGCCAUCAACUACCAGACUGGAGAGAUUAUGGUUCGCCAGACGACGCUGGACAGAGAGACCCAAGACACCUACACCCUGACUGUAAAAGGCUCAGACAUGAACGGAGCAAUGGGUGGAAACUCAGGAACAGGACAGGUGGUGAUUCAAAUCCUGGACAUCAACGACAACAUCCCCACCCUGGAGAAAGAAUAUUACGAGGGGAGUGUGUUGGAGAACACAGUCAAUGUGGAGGUGCUGAGGAUCAAAGCCACUGAUCUGGACCUGAUGUACACUGAGAACUGGCUGGCUGUGUUCACCAUCAUCACAGGCAACGAAGCCGGCUACUUCACUAUCACUACCGACUCCAAGACCAACGAAGGCAUUAUUAUGAUAACCAAGGCACUGGACUAUGAGGAGCUGAAAGUGCUCAACCUUGCCAUAAGUGUUUCCAACAAAGCAGUGUACUACUUUGGCUCCUCUUCUACGAGUGGAGGGAUAGGAGGAGGAGGGGUUUCAGGCGGGGGUAUGACAGGCAAGACCUACCCCAUCAAGAUAAAUGUGAUCAACCAGAAAGAGGGCCCCAAAUUCCAGCCAAUGGUUAAAGUGGUGACCAUCUCUGAGGACUCCACCAGAGUCACCAUUAACAAGGUCAUCACUACCUACGCAGCCAUCGACAGUGACACACUACUGACUGCUACCAAUGUUAGGUAUGCCAAAAAAUCUGAUGUAGACAACUGGCUGAUCAUUGAUGAAAAGACAGCAGAGAUCAAGCUGAACAAAGUGCCUGAUCGGGAGUCCAAAUACCUGGUCAAUGGAACAUACUACGCCAAGAUAAUAGCCAUCACAACCGAUCUGCCAUCCAAAACGGCCACAGGGACAAUAGCUAUCCAGGUGGAGGACUUUAACGACCACUGUCCCAUACUGACAGCUACGGCUACGACCAUGUGUCUGGGGGACACCACUGUGUAUGUCAAGGCUGUGGAUGGGGACACCUUCCCCAACGGAGCUCCCUUCAAGUUCAGAGUGAUUCAGGGGGACAGCAAACAGACGUGGACAGUGGAGCACCUCAAUGCUACCACUGCCAUUUUACGAGGCCAUGCCCACAUGUGGCCAGGUCACUACAAGGUUGCUGUGGAGAUCAGUGACCAGCAGGGGAAGGCCUGUGCUGACAUCCAGAUUCUGAACGUGAAUGUGUGCACCUGUGAUCAGGUCAAUAAGGUCUGCUUCGCCCGGGAGAUGGUUAAGGACGUCACAUUAGGAGCAUCUGCCAUCCUGCUGCUCCUUCUGGGCCUCCUGCUGUUGCUGCUGGUGCCCCUCUUGCUGCUGUUCUGUCUGUGUGGAGGAGUGGCGUCCAUAGGUGACUUUAAGGCCAUGCCAUUUGACACUAAAGAACACCUGAUUCCAUAUCACACCGAGGGACAAGGAGAAGACAAGGAAAUUCCACUCCUGCAAAUUCCUGUGGCGAUAGAUGGCUCCAUCAAAGUUGUUGACUUGGAAAACAACAGGGGGGGAAUGGGAUUAAUAAGAGAUGCAGGGGCUGCAGGAGGAUCAGCAGGAGGAGUGUUCGGGGACGGCUUCACCCCGUCCGCAAUAAGCACAUGGGAGCACAACCAUUCCCAUGGCUCACACCAGCCCAGUGGCAGAGUGAAGGUGAGCUACGGCGUGGGUGGAGGAACCAUGACUGGACAUGAACACUUCUCCAGAUAUGGAGCUGGAGCUUAUGACGGUGUCGCUCUCUCCGAGGGAGACCUAGAGGAGUACUACUCUGCAAAGGCCAAUCAUGCUGCGCAGAAUGACCAACAGAGAGAUGACCUACUGAUCUACGACUACGAAGGUCAGGGGUCACCGGUAGGCUCUGUUGGCUGCUGCAGCCUCCUGGGGGCCGAUGACGACCUGGACUUCCUCAACGACCUGGGGCCCAAGUUCAAGACCCUGGCCAAGAUCUGCCAGGGGUCAAUAGCUAUGGAGGCGGAGACUGUCAACAUGUCUGUGUCAUCCCCUAGACCUAGGCCUACCACAUCCACCCACACAGAGGUCAAUAGAGACACAGCUCUCAAUGUCAAUACCCUGAACACCUCAUCCACCACCUCCACCUCCUCCACACCCCUACAGGAGAACCUGGUUACUCGGGCCCAAGGAUCAGCCACCAUCCGCAAGGUUCAGGAGAACAAGGUGAUGCCCAACAAGACCCUCUUCAUCCAGCAGCCCCCUAUGUACUACGCUGCUGCCCCCACCAUGUACAUGGUGGAGCCCCAGCCCCAGUUGGUGCUGGUGGAGCAGAGAGGGGGAGGUGGUUAUGUCCGUGCCCAGCAGGCGGUAAGCCAGGUGGGGGUAGGGAUGGGUCAGGGGGUGGUGCAGGUAGGAGGGCUCCAUGGUUCUCAGGGCAUGAUUUUACUGGAGAGGCAGGUAGGAGCAGGUGGUAGUGGGGAAGGACAAGGUCAUGUUGUUAUGGGGGAAAGCCAGGUCUUACAGGGAGCGGGCCACACUAUUUUGGGGGGAGGUCACAUUAUUACAGAGACGAGCCAAACCAUUACACGGGGAGGCCAGUUUCUACAGGGGGCAGACCAGACCAUGGUCGGAAAAGGCCAUCUAUCGCCAGGAGGAAACUUCUCACAGGGAAGCCUGUUCGGGUCCAGGAAAGUGCUGGUUGUUGAGAGCGGGUCUGGGUCAGCCUCGGCAGCAGGGUGCAGCGCAGGCUUAGGGGCUGCCCAGGUCACCAUGCUGCAGAGAGGCCAGGGGUCAGAGGUCAAAUGUCAUAGUGUAGAAGUGAGAGGUCAGGGUGAUGCUUCCUCGUUGAGCUCCAGCUCCCUGUGUGGCACGGCAGGGUCAAACGAGGCCUCUGCUACUGCUGUCAAAGUCACCACCACGCCCACAGCUGCACAUUGUAGCAGCAGCCACACAGCUGUGGUGCAAGAGAAGAAAAUAUCUGUCACUGAGAAAUACGUUGAGACGAGUACUAUAGCGUAGAAAAACAACUUCACAUCAGCUUGAUAACAUACGGUACACUGUGGGUUUAAAGGUGAUUCCUAGGGAGAGAGAAAGAGAUAGAGAGAUAGAGGUACUGGUGCUUUCUGCUGGUCUGAAAUACAGGAAUUCAACCCAUUGUUUGUUAACAACUCUUUUAUAACACUUUUAGUUUUUAUUAUCACGAUUACCAGAUGGUAUAUAAUCCUAAAUAUGAUUCAUUGAUACAUUGUGAAUUAAUGAUUGAGUUGAAGAUACUUGAUUACAGAAGAAGAAAUUGAAUAAAAAUGAUGAAUUCAUGGAAUCGAAUCAGUAUUUGAAAGGAGUGAAAUAUUUUUCUAAACAUUCAAAUGUUGUGGUGGGUGAUGUAUUAAUUGUUCAGGUUAGGAAAUGUGUCUAUCUUUGAUAAAGCUUUUUUUACUGGGAUUGUCAAUUCUUGAUGUAAUUCAUAGUUCAGUAGGUCAAGGUUUCCAAGCGGGACAUACAAAAUUAUUGUACCAGAGAAGUGUGGGACCCGUCAAAAAGACCCUAUUUUUCUCUUAUAUUUUACAUUUUAAGCGAAAGAGUGUAUUGUUUUUAUGUUGGGUCUCAUAUGCAUUAAUUUAUCCCAUGAUUUUCAAGUUAUUGAUGCAUAGGUCAUAUUAUUUUGGGAAAAUGGACAUUAAAUGAUGCCUAUUUUUUUGUUCAUCUCAACAUUCGAGCUAAAAAUAGAGAUUAUGUAAGAUUUUACCAUGGGCUUGGCUUAUUAUGCACUGAUAUGCAUUAAAGCAGGGGUGUCAAAUGUGCUUUGCCCCUGGGGCCACAUUCACUAUUCAUCGAGGUCCGGGUGGCUGCAUUGAAAAUGUGUUAUAUUUCUCGCCGUGAAAAUGUUUUUUUUUUCUCUAUCCAUAGUUUGGGGAAUUUUCAAUGCUCCCUGACUGUCUUUCAUUUCAGUGAUUAUUAGCGAGCUGGACACAGUCACGUUUCUGUAUGAAUGUAGGUCCAUUAUCAAUUCUACACAGUUUCAAUUUGGUUUUAGUCAUUUUAAUGUAUAUUGAUAACAUACUGUGUUAUCAAUAGUUCGUAUCCCCCCACAAAUUUUAUAUAUAUAUAUAUAUAUAUAUUUAUUGUUGUUUUUUUACUCAAAGAACCCGCGGGCGUUAUGCUAGACACCCCUGCAUUAAAGUUUGAGAUUGAUGUUGA